AUGGAAGGCCACUCGGGACAUCUGGUCCCCCGGGGUAAUUACAGCACAAAUGAGACCUACGUCUACGCCUACUCACGGGGUCUGAGUGGUGUCAAUGUUCCCCGAGAUGUUCUCUUUACCCGGAUCAUUCUUGUCUCUACCAUUGGCGUCGCCUUCUUCCUCUUCUGCGGCCGGAUCGCACAGCUUAGCCACGCCUACCUCCGCCAUAUAUCUUCCCUCACAGCCAGCAAACGGGAGCAGAACUUUUGGAGCAUCGAAGACUCGCAACUAUGGGCAAACAUCAAAAAGCACGUCCUGUAUGCGCCCAUUGGCAGCAAGAGACACAACCGUGAAAUUCAGCUUUCCUCUGCCAUCAACGUGGGCACGCUGCCAUCUAGGUUCCAAACGAUCUUGAUCGUGUUGUACGUCGCGAGCCAAAUCGCUUACUGUGCGCUGCUCGACUACGAUGAGAACGUCAAGGCCGCCCUCGUUGCAGAGCUUCGAGGUCGAUCGGGAACGCUGGCCGUUCUCAACAUGGUGCCCUUGUUCAUACUCGCUGGCCGCAACAACCCAUUGAUUCCCCUGCUGCGCAUCAGCUUCGACACCUACAACCUCCUGCAUCGCUGGCUGGGCCGUAUCGUCGUGAUUGAAAGUAUCGUCCACACAGUCGCCUGGGGCGUCAAUGCCGUCGACGAGACCAACGUCUCCGACAUGCUGGAUCGCCUCUGCAACACACCCUUUUUCGCCUGGGGUCUAGUAGGAACCGUCGCCAUGACUUUCCUCCUCGUCCACUCACCCUCGCCAAUUAGGCACGCCUUCUACGAGACUUUUAUUCAUCUCCACCAGCUCGCAGCCCUCCUCGCCUUCCUCGGCGUCUACUACCACAUAAAACUCGACGUCCUGCCUCAAAUGCCCUGGAUCACCGCCAUUGGUAUCUUCUGGCUUCUCGACCGCACUGCCCGUCUUGGCCGUCUUCUCUACCUCAAUUUCUCCCUGAAACGCGGCUCAACUUCCCUCGUCGUCCAAGCCCUCCCCGGCGAAGCCUGCAAGGUCACCUUCCACCUUCCUAAACGCGUCCACGUCCCAGCAGGCUCCCACGUCUACGCCUACAUCCCCGCCCUCUCGCUCUGGAUGUCACACCCCUUCUCCGUCGCGUGGGUAGACCCCAGCUCGUCCGUCACAAACCAAGGCUACAUUGACAACGACAAGCCCCCAAAGUACAGCGCGGAUCUCGAGAAGCAACUCCCCAUGCCACCCUCAAACCACACCGACUUUCUCCCCGCAAACUCCACCCAGCUAACAUCCGUCUCCCUGAUUGUCGCCGCCCGCAAGGGCAUGACCCGCAAGCUCUACAAUAAGGCCCUCUCCUCGCCUAACUCCACAUACCUCACAACAGGCUUCAUCGAAGGCCCCUACGCCUCGCACCCCUCCGACCCAGCAACCUACGGCACAGCAAUUCUCUUCUCCGCCGGCGCAGGAAUAACGCACCACAUGCUGACCGUGCGCGAUCUCCUCACACGCGCCUCGCAAGGCCGCGUCCCCACGCAAAAGAUCUACCUGAUCUGGUCCGUCCGCAGCACGGAGCACCUCUCCUGGGUACGAGAGUGGAUGGAUUCCAUCCUGCGACUCCCAGGGCGGCGCGAUAUCCUAACAAUCCAGCUCUUCGUCUCGAAACCCAAGUCGAGCCGCGAGAUUGUGAGCCCCAGCGCGACGGUGCAGAUGUUUCCCGGGCGAUGUAGGCCAAACGUUGUUCUGGACGAGGCGAUUCCAAAUAGAGUUGGGGCGACGCUGGUGUCGGUUUGUGGGCCUGGCGCGUUUGCGGAUGAGGUGAGGGAUGCGGCGAGGAGGAGGAUUGGGCGGGGUGCGGUUAUUGAUUUUGUUGAGGAGGCGUUUACUUGGUAA